UGCUGGGAGACACAAAACUGAAAGAAAUGAGUUACUGUAUUCAGAUAUCUUGAAUUCUCUUUCCAUACAGUCUACUAGAUCCAGUUCUGUUCCUAUAAUCCCCUUCUUACUUGAUAUAGGCAUUCGAUGUACUGAUCAACUCGUAUUUGAACUGAGCAGAAGACACAUAAAAGACUAAAGCCUCUUUUGGAGGAAAUGUCUCAAGGACAGCUCAAUUCACCUAACCAGACUUUCCAUUUGAUCACAAAUGAUACAGCACCUUCAGCAUCUAGUAUUUUUAAUGAUACUACAGAUAAGGGAAAGACUGAAGACACAUCUCUAGGAUCACGAAUCCUGUGUACCAUUUUUUUGACUUAUUCCGUGAUCAUUUCGGUGGGUCUCCUUGGAAAUGCCAUUCUCAUCAAAGUCUUUUUCAAGAUCAAGUCCAUGCAAACAGUUCCAAACAUUUUUAUCACCAGCUUGGCUUUUGGAGAUCUUUUGCUUCUAAUAACAUGUGUGCCAGUGGACGCGACCCGGUAUGUUGCGGAUACGUGGCUGUUCGGAAGACUCGGUUGCAAGCUUCUCUCCUUCAUCCAGCUCACUUCAGUCGGUGUGUCGGUGUUCACACUAACCAUUCUCAGUGCUGACAGAUACAAGGCAAUAGUGAAGCCCCUGGAACUGCCAGCCUCUGAUGCCUUCUUGAAGACGUGUGCAAAAGUUGGCUUUAUCUGGAUCCUCUCCAUGGUUCUUGCUAUCCCAGAGGCUGUAUUCUCAGAUUUAUACCCUUUCUAUAAUCCUGAAAAAAAUGAGUCUUUUGAAGCCUGUGCUCCUUAUCCUGUUUCUGAAAAGAACAGGCAAGAGGCUCAUUCUCUCCUAUGCUUCUUGAUCUUCUACAUUAUUCCCCUCUCUGUCAUUUCUGUCUACUAUGUUCUGAUUGCCAAAGCUCUUUACAAAAGCACCAUCGAAAUACCCGCCGAAGAGCAAGAACAUGCCCGCAAGCAGAUUGAAUCCCGCAAGAGAGUUGCCAAGACAGUGCUGGUGCUGGUGGGGUUUUUUGCUAUCUGCUGGCUGCCUAAUCAUAUCCUUUACCUCUAUCGGUCCUUCACUUACCAUUCUUCCAUUGAUUCUUCUACCCUUCAUCUUCUGGCCACCAUUUUCUCUCGGGCACUGGCUUUUAGCAAUUCCUGUGUAAACCCCUUUGCUCUUUACUGGCUGAGCAAAACUUUCCGGCAGCAUUUUAAAACACAAAUCUUUUGCUUCAAGUACAAAUGUCCCAGGCGUUCAACUGUCACCAGGAACCUGGCCACAGGCCUUGCUUCGACUACUGGGAGCACCCAGGUCUCUGAGAUUAGUGUCCUUUGCUCACAAAUGGAACAGAGAGGGGAAGAGACUGAGAAAGGAGUGGGGCAAAGAGAACGAUUUUCCUGAGGCCAACAUCUCCUGAGGUAAAAGAGGCAAGGGUCCUGCCCUGGUACCCACUGAAUGGAAAAAGGCCCAGUCUGUGUAGAUCCUCUAUGGGAAAUUGACAUGAAGACAUGGACAAGAAUUGCAAAGGCCAAAGUUGUAAGGGGGAGGGGAAGGAGAAAGGAGACAAAGCUGGAAAUGCAUGUGCAGAACACAAGAGAACGAUUUUUCAAACUGGAAUUAAUUCAUUGAGUGGUGAAAGACAGAAAAAAAAAAGAAUAGAGGUAGUGAAGCAAAAUUAAACCAUUAGUAAGUUGUAUGUUUUUAACACACAGACUUUUUGCUACGUUUGUUCCCUGGAGUAUCUUGCUGGCUCCAUUUGACAUUCAAGAAUCCGAAAGGAGAGUUAGCCAUGGCUAGACUCUCUUUUUAGGUGUCCAGCAUUCAGAAGCAGGGAACCACACCCAAGGCUCUGAUUUUCCACCUGUGACUGCUAGCUUUUAGCAUACAGACCAUUCACAGUCUUAUACAUGGACGAACACCCUUUCCCUCCAUAUUUGUGCUUAAACCAGAGGAGUUAUUUCAGACUGUACUGGAAAGGUUUGGAAACCAAAUGUAAAUAUUUUCAUCCAUGAUGCGAAAAACACUGUUCAAACAAGGACUGUCCUAGGACUGUCUCUGGAAAUACCAACAAGGUUUUGACUUUUGUUCAAUGUAAUGUAA